CGGCGCCCAGCCUUGUGUGGACAUGAACCCCAGCGACCCCAGCUACUCGUUGGCGUCCCUCUACGUGGGGGACCUGCACCCAGACGUGACCGAGGCGAUGCUCUAUGAGAAGUUCAGCCCUGCGGGGCCCAUCCUCUCCAUCCGCGUCUACAGGGACAGGACCACCCGCCGCUCGCUGGGCUACGCGUCCGUCAACUUCCAGCAGCUGGAGGACGCCGAGCGGGCCCUGGACACCAUGAACUUCGACGUGAUCAAGGGCAAGCCGGUGCGCAUCAUGUGGUCCCAGCGGGACCCGUCGCUGCGCAAGAGCGGAGUGGGCAACAUCUUCGUGAAAAACCUGGACCGAUCCAUCGACAGCAAGGCGCUGUACGACACGUUUUCCGCCUUCGGCAACAUCCUGUCGUGCAAGGUGGUGUGUGACGAGAACGGCUCCAAGGGCUACGGCUUCGUGCACUUCGAGACGCAGGAGGAGGCCGAGCGCGCCAUCGAGAAGAUGAACGGCAUGUUCCUGAACGAUCGCAAAGUGUUUGUUGGGCGAUUUAAGUCUCGCAGAGACAGGCAGGCCGAGCUUGGAGCCAGGGCUAAGGAGUUUACCAACGUAUACAUCAAGAACCUGGGAGACGACAUGGAUGACGAGCGGCUCCAGGGUCUCUUCAGCAAAUUUGGGCCCGCCUUAAGUGUGAAAGUCAUGACCGACGAGAGCGGGAAGUCCAAAGGAUUCGGAUUCGUAAGCUUUGAGAGGCACGAGGACGCGCGGAAGGCCGUGGACGAGAUGAACGGGAAAGACCUCAACGGGAAGCAGAUUUACGUUGGCCGGGCUCAGAAGAAAGUGGAGCGGCAGAGUGAACUGAAGCACAAAUUCGGACAGAUGAAACGAGACAAGCACAAGGUGGAGCAGGCACCGCACGAGAGCAGCAGCGCCAGGUGCCAAGGGGUCAAUCUUUACGUGAAAAACCUCGACGACGGCAUUGAUGACGAGCGGCUCCGCAAGGAGUUUUCGCCCUUUGGCACCAUCACUAGCGCCAAGGUUACCAUGGAGGGCGGCCGCAGCAAAGGGUUUGGUUUUGUCUGUUUCUCCUCUCCGGAGGAAGCCACUAAAGCAGUUACGGAAAUGAAUGGUAGAAUUGUGGCCACCAAGCCACUCUACGUAGCUUUAGCCCAACGCAAAGAGGAGCGCCAGGCUCACCUCAGCCAUCAGUAUAUUCAAAGGAUGGCAAGUACCACUGCAUUAUCCAGCCCGGUCAUAAACCCUUUCCAGCCAGCGCAGGCUCCUUCAGCUUACUUCAUGACAACUACAUCACAGACUCAGAACCGCGGAGCGUACUAUGCUCCUCACCCAACCGCUCCCCAGGGACUGGGUCCCUGUGGGAGUGCUCAGGGUGCCAGAGCUCAUCCAUUCCCAAAUUUGUCUGGCACCAUCCAGCCAUCUACUAUUCCAUCGUUUAGUACUGCUGGACCAGCUUCCUCCCAGGGUCUACGCAUUAUGUCAACACACCGUGCUGCCAGCAUAUCCACGCAGAUGAUGGCUUCACAUCCCAUAGCUGCAGCUGCUCCCGCUGCCCGCGCAGUUCCCCAGUAUAAAUAUACUGCUGGAGUCCGGAAUCCCCCUCAGCAUCUUAGUACACAGCCACAAGCCACCACGCAGCGGUCUGCUGUUCCGGCCCAAGGUAAAGCGUCUUUGACUGCCUCCAUGCUGGCGUCUGCUUCUCCCCAAGCACAGAAGCAAAUGUUAGGGGAGUGGCUGUUUUCCCUUAUUCAAGCCAUGCACCCUGCCCUGGCUGGUAAAAUCACGGGCAUGCUGUUGGAGAUUGAUAACUUAGAACUACGCCACAUGCUCGAGUCUCCAGAGUGUCUCCACACCAAAAUCGAUGAAGCCAUAGCUGUGCUACAAGCUCACCAAGCCAAAGAGUCUCCCCAGCAGGCACUGGGAAGUGUCGCUGGGGUUCCAACUGCUUAAAGUUGAGCAGGAGAAGGCAUGAAACUGCUUCACUGAAGAAGAAAAUUGUCUAGACAUCAG